UUUUAAGUUCGAACUUCGAAGCAGCUAUUGUAGCUGCAGUUGCCAUCAUGAUUUUGUUGCACGCGUGACGACAUGACAGACAGCUCUUUUGAGAAGAGUAAUGUUUUGUAGACAACUCACCUUAAAAGCUACCCUGAAAUUAGUGUUGCUUUUAAUUGGAUCUUCAGGAUUAGGCCUAGUGGACGGAGGAUGGACAGAGUGGACCAGCUGGUCUGAGUGCUCUGUCACCUGCGGAGAGGGAGGCUUCACCACUCGGUCUCGCACCUGCCUAGAUGAUGGGACAGCCUGCCAUGGGGACUACUUUGAAGGGAACGUCUGUGACAUGGACCCUUGCCCUGUGGAUGGAGUCUGGUGGGAGUGGAGCGAGUGGACCAACUGCACUCUCCCCUGUGGCUCGGGGACCAGGUUUCGCCAGCGGGAGUGCCAAGAGCCCCUGCACGGAGGAAUGCCUUGCCAGGGAGCCUACGACCACACUGAAGCCUGCAAUGUAGAUCCCUGCCCAGUGGAUGGGAAUUGGACCCAGUGGAGUGACUGGCAUGCCUGCCCAGUCUCCUGUGGCGGGAGCACCCAGACCAGGAAUCGAACCUGCAUUGGUCCCUUUCAUGGUGGCCAACCUUGUGAGGGUAUUGGAAGCGAAGAGAGAGAAUGCAGUCCUGAGCCGUGCCCAAUCCAUGGCGCUUGGUCAGAGUGGGCCGACUGGUCUGAGUGUAGUGUCACCUGUAACUACGGCGUCAUCGUACGGCAGCGGUCCUGCGACAACCCUGCCCCACAGCACGGAGGGGACUUCUGCUCUGGUCGUGGCAGGGAAACCAGGGAAUGUUACCCUCUCACCUGCCCCCGACACGGCGGCUGGUCCCUCUGGUCUCCCUGGACGGAGUGCUCCCAGUCUUGCGGCUGGGGUUUCCGUCAACGGCAGCGUGGCUGUGAUAACCCCUGGCCAGCCUUUGGCGGUCUUUACUGCGUGGGAUCAGAGAGGGCAGGAGAGAGCUGCAUGGUGGCACCUUGCCCCGUGGACGCCAGCUGGGGUCCCUGGGGAGCCUGGACCAAUUGCUCCAAAGCCUGCGGCUCAGGGGGCAACCACACCCGCACCAGGCUCUGCAACUUCCCUCCGGCCCUGCACGGUGGGAGAGAAUGCCCCGGACCAGACUGGGAUGUGGGGGAAUGCUACGUCGAUCGCUGCGACGAGGAUGGAGGUUGGUCAGAGUGGGGUGAAUGGAGUGCAUGUAGCAAGGAGUGUGAGACAGGACAGGAGACGCGCAACCGUACCUGUGACAACCCACCCCCGACCCCACCAAAUGGUGAAGAGUGUCGUGGGUCUGGUAGUGAAAGCCGGAUAUGCAACACGCACAUCUGUCCAGUACAUGGCGGCUGGUCCCUCUGGUCAACGUGGACUCAGUGCCCAGUCACCUGCGGGGGCGACAUCGAGACCCGUUACCGCCUCUGCACCGAGCCCCCGCCUUUAUUCAGUGGCAAUGACUGCGUGGGAUCGCCCAAUGAGGAGAGAGCAUGCAGCACCAAUGGAUGUCCCGUUGACGGAGCUUGGACAGCCUGGUCAGCCUGGGCGGACUGUUCCAUUAGUUGCGGAGGGGGGAACACAUCCAGAAGCAGGACCUGCACUAACCCGGCUGCAGUGUGGGGAGGGACCCCAUGUCCCGAGACGGACCCAAGCCAAGAAUGGCAAGACUGCAAUAUGUUCCCUUGCCCAAUUCAUGGGGGCUGGUCUGCAUGGUCCGACUGGCCAGAUUGCCCAGUCACAUGUGGUGGGUUUGAACUGUUCAGGGACAGGGAUUGCACCAACCCUGUGCCCCAGCACGGAGGGGACAACUGCCCAGGGGAUGCUGAGGAGACCUUUAUCUGCAAUGAGAACCCGUGCCCAGUCAACGGCAGUUGGACGCAGUGGUCGUCCUGGAGCGAGUGCAGCGUGUCCUGCGAGGGGGGCACUCAGUCCCGGCAACGCACCUGCGCCGACCCUCCCCCUGCCCACGGUGGGGCCCGUUGCCAUGGUAACUGGACGGAGGAUGAGGUCACGGAGCAGCUUGAGACUGAGGAGAGAGGCUGCAACUUCCAGAUGUGCCCAAUUGACGGUGGCUUCACCCAGUGGACGGAAUGGCCGAUUUGCCCGGUGUCCUGCGGAGGGGCCACAAUCUACCGCCAUCGCAACUGCACCAACCCCACGCCCAAGUACGGCGGCCGGGAUUGCCCGGGGCAUAACGAGAGUCAGAAGAUCUGUAACGGUGACAUUCAGUGUCCCAUUCACGGCAACUGGGGACGUUGGCUGGACUGGGCCCCAUGCUCCCGACUCUGCGAGAACGGCACAACAUCCCGCAUCCGUCUCUGCAACAACCCCUCACCCUUGUACGGUGGGGAUCGAUGCCUGGGGAACGUGCAGGAGGUGGCCAUCUGUAACACUCAUAGAUGCCCAGUUCAUGGUGGUUUCUCCCCCUGGACUGGGUGGAGCCAGUGCACCAAAUCCUGUGGGGGCGGGCAGACACAGCGGACCAGAGACUGCACCAACCCCGUGCCCUCCUUUGGUGGGAACCCUUGCGUUGGCCCGACCAUCGAAAAACGACUCUGUGCUGCCUUCUACUGCCCCGUCCACGGUGGCUUUUCCCUCUGGGGUGAGUGGGCGCCUUGCCCUGUCACCUGUGGUGGGACCGUGGUCAACCGCACCAGAGUCUGUAAUAACCCAAGCCCACGCCAUGGCGGUCAGCCAUGCCAAGGUCCAGUCACAUCCUCCAGCUUGUGCGCCAAUAACCCCUGCCCAGUUGAUGGUGCUUGGACCACCUGGAGCUCCUGGUCGCAGUGCUCGGCCACGUGUGGCGAUGGACGAGAAAUGAAGAGGCGGAAUUGUUCCAACCCCGCCCCCGCCUACGAAGGGUCUGAUUGCAUUGGGGAGGGGUACAGGGAAGUUGUGUGCUACAGGAGUGACGAGUGCCCAGUUUUACCAACGCCUCCAUCCAAGCUGAACUUCUCCGUGUCUGUAACCAAAGCGGGCCUGGUGUCAGUCUACGUCAGCUGGGAUCCCGCCGAGAUUGACGAAGUCGCCACCAAUUACUUGGUGGUGCAGGCCAAACGAGUCCCUACCCAAGGUGUUCCAAGGGGUAAUGCCUCUGCCUAUGAGUGGCGAGCGUUUGGUACCGUCAUGGGGGUGCACCAUGUCGUACCAGUCAGGGACAACGGUCAGACGAAUGCUGGGUUAUUUGAAGGAGACUUCAAGGUGCGUGUCAUUGCUGGCAACCAGUACGGGGAAGCCAGCUCAGAAGAGUACUCAUUCAACGUCGUCAAGUACCUACUGGGAGGAUCAGUGCCUACAGCGAUUCACAUCAGCCCUGUGGCCAUGACUGCCAUAGUGAUCUUCACUCACCUUCUAUGCAGUGAGUAGAUGGCAAUGCUCAAGAUAUGUCCUUGCCCCCACUAGCCUUGCAAGGCACUUGGAUAGACAAAUUCCUCAAGGCUGCUUCAAGUAAUGCCUUUGAGUCCUCACUACAGAGAAUUUAUUUGAACAUGUUUUCAUGUAAUGACAUGACAGGGCAACAAAAAUGAAUGUCACACAUCAGGCAUCUAAUCAGCUUUGUAUGAUUUCAUCUUUACACAUGCACGCAUCCCUCCCAUGGUGUACGGGAUAAUGCAGGGAUCGCUAACAUUAAAAGAUUCCUGAUUUGCCCUUAGAGAAACAAGUAAAAGACAUCUUCAAGACAGAUAUAUGACAAAACAAUUGUCAGCUGGUGUGAUGUGGGAUAUCACGUUUUUAACACCCUAGUGAUGCACUUGCAACAGGUGCUAUACUUUCCCUUUGGUGUUCAAAACAUCAUAUCGCACAUGACAGCAGUACUUAAUUGUUAAAUGUACAUGCAGUGAUGAAAAUAUACAAAUUGACCAUAAUUUGAAGUUAUUACACCUGUACCUCCUUCUUAAAAUUUUGUGUAAGAGGUGGUACCUUGGAAUGAGUGAACAUGAAAUGCAUGUACCUGUUCAAUGUGUGUACAUGUACUUCCAUAGGGUAUGGAUGCGGAGCUGUUUGUGUUAGGGAGGGCAGCACAGUGGUGCAUUUGAAUACGAUCAGCUGGUUCUUGCUUGGUCAAACAAAGAUGACCACAUCUCAGGCUUAUGUGUUGUUCAGUACAUGGCAUUUAAUUUCAAAAACGAAAGUCUCUGUUUUCUGGGGUUUUUUGUUUAGAUUGGGAAAAUGGCUCCACAUCUUUGUAUUUCAAAAUCAAAUGUUUGGAAGGGUUUACAGUGCUCAGGCAUGCAACUUUUCCUCGGAUCAGCCGA